GAGUUGCAGAGAGCGAGCUGCGCGCUCCCGGUGAGUUGGUGGCAGUGCGCUGCUCGGUGCAGUUAGGAUGGCUCUGAUCUCUCUGCUUCUUCCCUUGCUCUCCCUCCUUCCCGGGACCGGAGGAACCAACCGGCAUGCCGUACACUGGAACAGCUCCAACUACCACUUGCGGCGCGAUGGCUACACCGUCCAAGUGAACGUGAAUGAUUAUCUAGACAUCUACUGUCCGCACUACAAUGAGACUAUAGCCGACCAUAGGAUGGAGCAAUACAUUCUUUAUAUGGUGAACUACGAGGGCUAUCGUACCUGCGACAUCAGCCAGGGCUCAAAACGUUGGGAAUGUAAUCGCCCCCACUCGCCUCACAGCCCCAUCAAAUUCUCUGAGAAGUUCCAACGGUACAGCGCCUUCUCCCUGGGCUACGAGUUUCACGUGGGCCACGAAUAUUACUACAUCUCGCAACCGACCCACAACCACCGGCGCUCGUGUCUGAAGAUGAAAGUGUUUGUGUGCUGCGCAACCACAGCCCACUCAGGCGAGAAGCAAUCUCCCACGCUGCCGCAGUUCACGAUAGGACCUGAAGUGAAGAUCGAGGAUCUAGGAAACUUCAACCCGGAGAUCCCCAAGCUGGAGAAGAGCAUCAGCGGGACGAGCCCGAAAAGGGAACACUUGCAUAUGACUGUGGCCGUGUGUCUGCUUUUAAUGACGCUCUUGGCAUCUUAGUUUUCCCGCCGCCGGACUGGUCUGGAGGCCGAUGAAAUGGGAAUACUCUGCGGAAUCGGACUCAUGAAUGCGCAGGUUGGGGGGGGGGGUCACAGCGGGGCGAGAACAGCGCUCUGUCCUCCUCUGUCUUUUCUACCCUUUUUUUUUUUCUUCAAGAGACUCGACCUGUGGCACUAGAACACAACACUGGUGGACGUCACCGAUAACAAUAAUAAUAUGCCGGGGGCCGAGCCGGAACAAUAACCUGCUGCCAAAUGAUUCUGACAGACUUCUCAGUUACGGCCCUGACGUGAACUUUAACGGGCUGUUCUUACUUGAGUGCCUACACCCUGCUGUCCUCCGCACGGACCGU